AUACCGCGAUUUCUUCAACUUUCCUCACGUACAUAUACAUUUACAACUUAAUUGUGUUAUAGAAAAGUGUUUCUCGAGUGUUUGUUCGUAAUAAUAAAGUGUAAUUCAACAAAAAAAUUCACGUCUGUGUAUAUGUAAAGUGGUUUACGAUUGAUACUUUUUUGUUUGUCCGUCGUCUGUUGGUUGUAGUCGUGUUUUGAAGAAAUGGCUUUAUAAUUGGUCUAAAUCUAUCACUAUGAUUCGCAAAAAAAGAAUGUAACUCUGCAAAGAUGUCACAAAGGGAUUUUUCAGAGGUGGAGCCCACCGGGUCAGCGUCCCUGGGGGCGGCGUCCAGGGCCCUGUUCGUGGAGAAGGUGCGCGCGUCCAACGCGGCGUGCCAAGCCGGCGACUUCGCUACCGCCGUCGCGUUGUACACCGACGCGCUCACCCUUGACCCUGCUAACCACAUACUGUAUAGUAAUAGGUCGGCCGCAAGGUUGAAACAAGGGCAGUUUGCAGCAGCCCUACAAGAUGCAACGAGAGCAAAGGAACUAUGCCCAAACUGGCCUAAAGCUUACUACAGACAAGGUGUAGCUCUGCAAUGUCUCGGCCGCCACGGGGAAGCGCUGGCAGCCUUCAGCUCAGGGCUGGGCGUGGAGGGUUCCUCACGACAAUUGCUGGCAGCUUUAGUAGAAGCCUCCUUGAAAUCACCGCUCAGGGCUACCCUGGAGCCUACCUUCAGACAACUGGAGGCUAUGAAACUGGACCAGUCGCCUUUCGUGCUUAUAUCUGUUGUGGGACAGGAACUAUUGGCAGCCGGGCAGUACCAAGCCGCAGUUACGGUUUUAGAAGCAGCUCUAAGAGUGGGAUCAUGCUCUCUCAAGUUAAGGGGCUCUGUCUUCAGCGCUCUAUCAUCAGCUCAUUGGGCCCUGAGCCAACUGGACGCAGCCAUAAAUUAUAUGCAGCAAGACCUAGCAGUGGCCAAGUCUCUAGGCGAUACUGCUGGCGAGUGCCGUGCCCACGGGAACCUUGGCGCGGCGUACUUCAGCCAGGGGUCAUAUAAAGACGCCUUGACGGCUCACCGUUAUCAGCUAGUACUGGCGAUGAAAUGCAAGGAUACCCAAGCAGCAGCUGCAGCCCUUACGUCCUUAGGACACGUAUACACAGCCAUAGGGGACUACCCCAACGCCCUGGCAAGCCACAAACAAUGCGUGCAGCUGGUUAAGCAGAUGGGUGACCGCCUGCAGGAAGCCAGGGAGAUCGGCAACGUGGGCGCCGUGUAUCUGGCCAUGGGAGAGUUCGACUCGGCCGUGGAUUGCCAUACGCAGCACCUAAGGCUCGCUAGAAGACUGGGAGAUCAGGUGGAAGAGGCAAGAGCAUACUCCAAUUUAGGAUCGUCAUAUCACUACCGCCGGAAUUUCUCCCAAGCGAUAGCGUACCACGAGAAUGUGCUGAGGAUCGCCCAGAGUCUUGGCGACCGAGCCAUCGAAGCGAGGGCAUACGCGGGCCUGGGACAUGCUGCAAGGUGCGCAGGCGACUAUGCUCAAGCUAAAAAAUGGCAUGAGCGGCAGUUGGAUGUGGCAUUGGCGGCGAGAGAUAAGGUGGGGGAAGGCCGAGCGUGUUCAAACCUCGGUAUAGUGUAUCAGUUACUUGGGGAACAUGAUGCUGCGCUGAAGUUACAUCAAGCGCACCUUUCCAUAGCCAGACAAUUACAAGACAAAGCCGGCAUGGGUCGAGCAUACGGCAACAUAGGCAACGCGUACUCCGCCGCUGGAUUCUAUGAGCAAGCCAUCAAGUACCACAAACAGGAGCUGACGAUAUCCAAAGAGGUCCACGACAGGAGUUCCGAAGCCUCCACGCACGGGAACCUCGCUGUGGCGUACCAGGCGUUAGGCGCGCAUGAUAUGGCGUUGUUUCAUUAUAGAGCUCAUUUGGGCAUAGCGAGGGAACUAAAGGACGCCGCUGGUGAAGCCUGCGCCCUCCUCAACCUCGGCAACUGCCUGUCCUCUCGAGGGGAGUUCUCUCAAGCCGUGCCGUACUAUGAACAGCAUCUGAUGUUGUCGCAGGAACUAGGAGACGUUACUGCUGAAGCUAAGGCCUGCCAUUUUCUGGGAUACGCUCAUUAUUGUCUGGGGAAUUAUAGGGAGGCAGUAAGGUACUACGACCAAGACCUGUCCCUGGCCAAAGAUUUACAAGACAAGAUGAACAUGGGUCGUGCCUACUGCAACCUAGGGCUCGCUCACCUCGCCCUGGGCAACUUGGAGACGGCUCUGGAAUGCCAGAAAUACUUCCUGGCUAUUGCCCACAUGACCCAGCACCUCCAGGGGAAGUUUAGAGCUUUGGGGAAUAUAGGAGACGUGCUUAUUAAGAUGGGCGAUGUGGAAGAGGCGGUCAAAAUGUAUCAGAGACAGCUUGGGUUUGCAAGACAGGCACGCGACAGAUCACUGGAAGCGGCAGCCUGUGGGGCGCUGGGUCUAGCAAGGAGAUUGCAAAGAAGAUUGGAUGCAGCUUUAGGGCAUCACACACAGGAGCUCACACUUCGCCAAGAAGCCGGUGACGCGGCAGGAGAGGCCAGGGCUCACUCACACCUGGGCGCAGUCCACAUGGCCCUAGGUCAUUACUCACACGCGGCUCGAUGCUACAGGGAACAACUGGAAAGAGCACAGGAGCUCCAGGACUGUGCUUUGGAAGCACAAGCGUACGGCAACUUGGGUAUUGCAAAACUUAAUAUGGGACAUUAUGAAGAUGCCAUUGGAUAUUUGGAACAGCAACUUGCCAUCCUCGAACGAGUGAACACACCAACGUGUCAACUAGAAAAAGCUCGUGCUCUCGGCUCUCUGGGCGACUGCUACGACGCGCUGGGCGACCCCGAGGAGGCGGCGAAGUACCACGAGCAGCAUCUGGCGGCCGCGCUCAAACUGGACAACGCGAGGGAGCAGGAGAGGGCGUAUCGCGGUCUCGGAUUGAGUCACAAAUCAAUCGGCAACCUCCAGCAAGCCCUGGUAUGCCUGGAGAAGAGGCUGGUAGUGUCACACGAGUUGGGGAUGCCAGAAGCGAAGGCCCAGGCGUACGGAGAGUUGGGGGCCUUGCACAUCGCACUGAAUAACCUGGACCAGGCCGUGUCGUGCCUGGAACAUCAGAAGAAUAUUGCCAAGGAACUUAACAACCAGAUAAUGGAAGCCGAAGCCUGCCACUCUCUAGGGGUAGCUCACCACGCGAGGGGAGACCACGCCGCCGCCGUCAGACACCACCGCGCUGAGUUAGAACUAGCUCAUCGACUUGGCCUUACACACCUUCAGGCGCGAGCUUGCGGUGGUUUGGGCGCUGCGCACGCGUCGAUGGGCGCUCACGCUGAAGCCGCGCGCUGGCACGAGUCUAAACUCAGACAUGCCACUGCUGCAGGAGACACCAGAGGCCGAGCCCAGGCGUUAGCAGACUUGGGCCGCGCUCACCUUGCAAUGGGAGCGUGCGGUAGUGCCGUCUCGUAUCUACGACAAGCAUUAGCAGCUACUGAGGGAUUGGCCGAUGCUGAUGAAGAGGCUCGGGUCCGUCAUCGACUAGGCUUCGCUCUAUGGGCUUCCGGAGAGCUAGAGGAAGCAAAGGAACAACUCCAUGCAGCGUUAACUGUACUUGAAUCAGGCAGCGAAAAACAUCGAGAUCGCAAGGUCAUUGCCUUGUAUACAUCGACGCAACACGCCCUGCAGAGGGUGUUAGUUGAGCUGGGUCGUCACCCUGAAGCCCUGGUGGUAGCUGAACGAGGUCGCUGUCGGUCCCUGGACACAGCCAUCGAGAAGCCCACCGGCACGCUCAGCCAGACUAACUUGGAACUUCAUACGACGCAAAGAGCUGCAUCAGAAGACGCCAACAAAGACCGGUCGGAACCUUGGAGCCCGUCCACCGUGGACCAAAUACUGGAAGUGGUCAACAAGCAGAAGGCCCCCGUGCUGUACUACAGCCUGGCGGCAGGACGCCUGUAUUCCUGGCUUCUGCAGCCGCAUAAGGGUAUACUGAGAUUCCACCAAGUUUCUCUGACGGAAGAGUCUGAAGACACCGACAACAGCUUGCCAGAUAUCAGUCCCGACGAUUUGCAACCAAAUAAUAAUGGGUUAGGCAAGCUAGACAGGUGUAUCAGCGAGUGGUCUACCUGGCUGAAGACGGCUGCCGAAAAACGAGGCGAUGCGGAGGACCAGUGGGAUGCUGAUGAGCGACCCAACACCGGACUUGCUAGAAUGGUGGCGCGAAACCAUCUGCUAAACUCUUCAAAUUAUUCGCUGAGCUCUUUGUUCAGUGUGGGUUCAGUUGGAGGAUCCGUAGCAGGCUCUGUAGCCAGUCUUCAAGGAUCCACGAGGUCAAGCGUACAUGGUCCUCGUAAGAAGCAACCAUCUUGGCAAGGCCCUCCGUGCCUAACAUCACUAUACCAGAUGCUUAUUGCGCCGUUUGAAGACUUACUUCCAACAUCUUGCAACAACAACCACGCCUCCCACGGUCGCCGCGGCUGUGGCGGUCGUCGCGAGUUAGUGCUGGUAAUAGAAGGCGCUCUGUAUGCGUGCCCCUGGGGCGCACUCCGAGGGGGCGCCGAUACUGAGCCGCUGUGCGAACGAUACGCGUUACUAGCAGCACCGGCAUUGAGACAGCAGCGACAUCAGAGGCAACGCGCUGCUAACAGAGUGCACCAAGAACAUGGUGCAAGUAACGUCCCUGGCAACACAGAAGCAGGGAUGCGGUGCCUGGUGGUGGGGGGAGCCCGAGCGGGUUCUCGCUGGGCCGCACUGCCCGCUAUGAUCAAGGAGGCUGACCUCGUGGCGGACAUGUUGCGAGUGACUCCGCUUACAGACUACCAGGCAUCGAAAGAAGCCGUCCUGGCACAGUUGCCUCAAGCAGAGUGCGUACACUUCGCUACUCAUAUCUGCUGGAAGACGCCUGCGAUUGUACUCAGCCCAGGAGAAGUGGUUGAUUCUCAAGCCAAACGUCUUUUGAAUACCAGCGUUGGCAGCGCUGCUGAUACUUCCAUUGAAAAUGAAGAAGAGAAUGCUGAAUUAAGCCCUAGCAACGAAGAAUUGCCACCUGCUUCGGAAUACAUGCUCACUGCAACAGAGAUCUUGAGUUUGAAAAUCACUGCUAGAUUGGUGGUGAUAUCUUGCGCGCCUUCAAGUGCGGCUCUCCAAGGUUCAUUUUCAGAAGAAACCGAAGACGUGUCGUCUGCAGGCGAAGGAGUUUCUCGUCUAUGUCGGGCGCUAUUAGCCGCUGGCGCCCAGGCAGUGCUACUAACGCUAUGGCCGGCACCUCAAGAUACGGCGACGAAGAUUUUGUACAGAGCGUUGUAUUCUGCGCUGCUGCAAGGAAGCAGGGUUGCCAAGGCUUUAGGCGACGCCAUGCAAACAGUUCGUCACACGAAGCACUUCGCUCACCCGGCGCACUGGGCGGGCCUCGUGCUGUUAGGAAGCAACGUCCGGCUCAGCAACAAGGUGGCGCUCAUGGGACAAGCGCUUUGCGAACUUCUAGCGGCUCCUGACAAGUGCCGAGACGCUUUAAGAGUGUGCCUUCAUUUGGUGGAAAAGUCCCUGCAGAGAAUAGUACGAGGUCAGAAGAACGCCAUGUAUACGACGCAGAAAAGUAUCGAAAACAAAGCUAAUAACGCCACAGGCUGGAAGGAACUGCUCAUGAGCGUUGGAUUCAGGUUUGAACCGGCUGCUAACGGAAUUCCUUCGAGCGUGUUCUUCCCGCAGAGCGACCCUGAAGAAAGACUUACCCAAUGUUCUGCUAGUCUCCAAGCUCUACUAGGAUUGACCCCCACAACUCUACAAGCCCUCUCCAAACUGAUUUCCAAUGGAGAUGUGGCCGACGACAUCAUCGGCGUCAUCCGCUCCGUCAUCUCGCAGUUCUCAGUGAAGAACACCGACACUGAGACCAUUGAAGUGGCCGUCAAUGUCAGGUUAUGGCGAGUAAAUGGAUGUCAUGAACUACUUGCAUCCCUGGGCUUCGACUUGGCAGAAGUUGGCCAGGACGAGGUAAUGUUGCGAACUGGCAAAGCUGCCAAUAGAAGACAUAUCCAGUUCGUCUUGCAGGCACUGUUGGCUUUAUUCGAUACUCAAGAAGCACCACGAAGCCUCAGUCUUGAAUCGAGCUCAAGCGUAGAAUCUCUAGCGUCACUCGAUGAUGGAGAUUUGGAACCGCAUUCCGAUGGAGAACCGCCACCGAGGCAACACAGACAGGAGAGUGUAUCCUCCGUACCACCUCCACCGUUACCACUUGGAUCUUGCGGCGGCGCCUUCACCAUGUACGUACGAGGAUCAGCCGCCUCUUCAGAAGUGGGACGCGGGGAGCCUGAUGGAAGAACCGCCCCUCCCCCUGCCCCUCCCCCGCCCCGGUACCGCGGGGAAAGUGACGCGGCAUUCACUCCAUCACCACCAGCAGCACCACAACCCACGGCCGCACCCCCCAGAGAUGUCUCCCUAGCUCUAGCACAUCAAACUAAAAUUAGAACCCUUUACACGAGAAGACCACCAUCCGAUGAAUCCGACUGGGAGAGCUCUGGUCACGAUACCGUUCUUAGAAGGCGACCGGAGCACGCGCAUGCGAGAUAUUUAGACGCUUUCUAUGAUUUAGCAGCUUCCCAACCCAGGAGAAGUGAGGAAGAUAAGACUGAUCAGGCGCUCAACCAACCAUCUACGUCAAAACGUGUGCCGCGACCAAAGAUGGGCACAAGCAGUCGAGACUCCAUGGCCCAAGUACGACAUAUGAGCGGCGAACUAACUCCCACGAUAUCGGAAGUUUAUCAUGAGAGAAAUAUAGGCUUAGGCCUCGCUCCGCCAUUAGCAGAGUUGCUCCUCGCAGAAGACUCCAAAACUGAAAUGAGAGCUGCCAGCUCUAGUGAAAACCUCUUACUACAAAACUUGGAGAAAUUGGGUCUUCUUGGAGAUGCCAGUGAAAGUGGUGAAAGAUGGUGCUCGACGAAUGCUUCCCGACCCUGGCUUUCCGCACCACCUUUGGAAACUGAUGUCCAAGGUUCAGAUUUGACGACAGCCGAAAUUAUUGAACGUCAAACGAAGUUUAAAAAAGACGUUGAACCAAAGAGAACAGAAGAGAAUGCGUACGAAUUAAAACCUAAAGAAGAAACUCCCGGGCCUAGUGUCUUAGAAAAACGUUCUGUUUCACCUUUCUCGGAACUUUCACGACGCGAUGAGGGGGACGGAAGGAGUAUUGCCGAUUCGCAUUCUUCAUACAAAGCUUUAGUGUUGAGUCCUCGGACUCCGUACUUGCCUGAGGAGGGGGAAGCUCCCGUGACGAGUGCUGAAGGUGGAAAAACGCAUCCACGACCUAGGCGGCCUCCUGUCCCGCGGACAAGGCCUGCUUAUACUACACUAGAUUUUCCACCAAAUAAAUAAAAUUAUUGCUAUUCUGAAUUUUCAUGCCCGUACCUUGCAUAAAGCGAAGGAAGUAUGCAGAAAUCGUGGCAAGUGGAAAGAUGUAGUCUCUGUCUACCCCUCAGGAAAAUGGGCGUGAUUUUAUGUAUCUAUGUAUGUACCUUGCAAAACACUCAAGACUAGAGUUUAGAUACGAUAUGAUUAUAACUGAUAAGUCUGUAUAUAAAAAGACUAAGGAAACAAAUAUGUUCUUUCAUAUAUAGAAAAUGAAUAUAAACGUUUCGAAACCAUUUUUAAGCCUUUUUUAAAUCAAACCAAUCUAAACUAUAUUGCAAGAUCUCACAUUCUAGGUAUACUUAUUUGAUAGAUACCUACCAUUAUCAAAGAUGUGUCGAUUUGUUUUUUAAGAUUAAUUUGAUCGUUUUUUUGCUUAGAUUCUGGCUAUGAAUAUCUCUACAUACUUUAAAAAAUGACAAUAUUAAACUACCUUAUGUUUAAAAAUAUAUAAGUACAGUAUGUAUAAAUAGAUACAGUAAAAUAUAUUAAUAAAUGAUUCUAACGACGGCAUUAAGUAAUAAUCAUAAGUGUGCUAUUUAUUUGUAACAUAAUUAAUAUAAUUCCUUUUUGUAAAAUGUUUGCAAUAUUAUAUCUCUUGCCAUUG